AUGUCCAAAAACGGCAGCAUCACCAGCUUCUUCAAGCCGGUUGCCAAGACCUCAGGGAACCUACCACCACCACCGCCGCCGCCCCAUAUCGAGUCUCAAGUGCGGGCCUCGCGGACGCCUUCGCCACUUCCCCAGCUCCUCUCGUCUCCGCCCGCACCCACCCCGGUAGUGCGGUCUCGCGAUGCUGUCAUUCAGGCCUCGGAAGAUGAGGACGAUGACUUCAUCUCGUCCGACGACGACCUCCCCUCGCUCUUCUCCAAGCCCAGCGGCGCCAAGAUCGUACCAGUGCCCGCGAGGAAAGAGACCAACAACCUCUGCGCGACGCCAAGGGCGAAACGAACUGCUCUUGCCAUGUUCUCGUCGCCCCUGACCAUCAUGCCAAAGCACAAGUAUGACAUCCAGGCCCUGCUCAAGCAUGCCGAGGCGGACAACGCCCUCGAGGAGAGCGAGCAGCGUAUGGCCUCCAUCAUGGGGUACGAAUCUGCGGACGAGGACGACCCCAUGCAGGAGCACCAGCUACCGCAGCAGCCCGCAAACAACCAGAAGAAGGUCCCCGUCAGCCUGCACGUUACCAUGAUGGACGUCUUCUCAGACGCCGAAGGGAGCCAGGACGAGGGCCAUCGCGAGAAGCUGCUCCGCGCUGUCAAGAGGACCGAGGCCACGGUCCACCGGAAGGAGUGGCACUUUUUCGACCAGCCCCUACCCGACGCCAUGUCCAUCGAGGCUCGCAGCCCCUUUCCCAGUGCCGCCGCCAGGGGGGCCUGGGCGUUUCUUGCGCCAGCAAAGGGUAGGGCUGAGCUCUUUGAGGAUGGGCUGCCCUACCACAUUCAGGCCAAGAUGCAGAGCGUGCCUGAUGACAUAUUCCUCUGGGUGCUAGAUGAAGCCCCCUUGACGAAGACCAGGAAACUCCGAGAGGAGUAUCUGAGGCUGCUUGGAGUGUGUCCCGAUCACGUCGGGCGGCUCGUAGAUGACCAGGUAAUUUCACAGUUAUUCCGCAACGUUGGAGCAUCAGAACGCUCUCUCAGUUCGUCUCCCCAGACAAGCAGGGGCUCGGCGGACCACCAGAGAGACUCGCCAACCACGGCGCAGAGAGAUUGGGCUCCUCUCCGGACCGUUCUCCUGCUGUCGGCAGAACUAUCACAGGGCCUGACGAUCCAGUCCCUAACGCGGAGCGUCGCCAUUUUGCUUCGGCUCGGCAUGGACAGUCUUGUGCGAGAGGACCUAGCCAUCGAGAAAGAAUUUCAAGAUGCCCUGUUCGCACUUGUGGGAGCUGUGUCCAGGGAUGACUGGGACUCAUUUUGCGGCGACGUGUGCAUGUCUCUCUACAGUCUCGUAGACGACGCCAGCUUGCGGUGGGACAGCGUCUCGUCCAUCCCGUCCAUGGGCGCGAGGCUGAUCGACCUGCGCCGGCGGCUGGCCAUCGUGUUCGUGUUUGACGAUCCGCAGCGCGCGCGCGCGCGGCCCGAAGACAACUUCAGCAUGCGCGCCGUCAUCGACCGGCUCGAGGCCGACGAGUUCAUCGUCGACCGCCACCUCACCGACUACUACGAGCUGGCCGCGCUGGUCGAGCUGCUCGGCGUCGCCACGGCCGACGGCUGCCCGCCCGUCGGCGGCUGCCCCGAGGCCGUCAAGCAGUACAACUCCGAGGUCGACGAGGUCACGAGGCGCAUCAAGAUCAUGUGGUCGAGCAUCCACGAGCAGGGCGCCGCCUUCGCGUCGAGGCUGGACGCCCGCGUGAACCUCAAAGACUUCGAGCGCAAGCUCGAGCAUGCCGUGCGCACCCGCCCGCCCCCGAGGACCGACAUCUUCGAUAUUGACCCGCGCGAAGAGGAGGAAUCCCAGCGGCCAAGGCAACAGCAUUUUCUACAAAAGUUUUUGGCCAAGGGACGACCUCCGAAAACGCCCUGA